AUUCGCACAGUGCUUCUAAUAGAAGCGCGGCCAGCGAGCAACGCGGCCGCUAUUCAAGCGCCUUCGCAGUAGCAGCUUGGCAGGUGGUCGUGAAUCGGAGGCACGCAUUGGCAUGAAAAGUGGCAGGCAGCAAUGCGUUCGGGUGAUAGGCACGACUCACGCUCGGGAGCAUCGCGGAAUCGGGCCCGGAGCAUGGCGGCAUGGCAUGGCGCAGCGAGGCGAGACGACGUCACGGAUGAGACUGAGCAGGGUCAGGAGCAGGGGCAAGUAGCGCUUGCGAGUAGCGCUUGGGCCACCAUCGCCUGACCGUAGAGUGACAGGCGCCGAUCACCAUCUGUCGCCAUGAGGACGCUUGGCCGCUUAUUCUCCAUCGCCCCUUGCUCGCUCUCUUGGCCUGCUUGCGAUACGCUCGGACCGCCGUCAGGCCACUACUUUGCAACGGACGUGCUGAGUCUCGCUCACCGCCACACUGAGCUAGCCAGGCUAUGCCUUCCCGCUAGCGGCGGCCAUAUGCCGCGCAUCGCGACGCUCAAGCCCCUCCUUUGCAAGCCCCUUUGCACCCCUCUUUGUAUCCGCUGGGCAAGCUCUAUUCGGGAUUGAUGGAUCUUCUCAGGGAGGCCAAAGCGCUGUGGGUGUGACAGGCAGCGUCGAGGACGUGCAGCGGGCUUAGCAUGUGCCGUGGAGCGUCAAGCGGGUCCCUUUGAGCUGGCCAGGGUGAAAAAAGGCGAGGGUCUGCGGCGGCUAGUAGAUCUUUGAUUUGGCUUUUGCGGGAUUGAGAGCGAGAAGCGACAAUACGAAACGAAGCGGGACGCUAUGAGAGAUAUGAGACCAAUAGACCAGACCGCAGCUGAGACG